CCCUUUGUCUAGCUGGACCUUCGCCAGACCCCUUCGCUUCCCUCCUACUCUCACCUCUAAGGCUGCUAGACCGUGACCGAGGACAUCAUGGCACUUGCGUUCGACAAUUAUGCAUCUGCUCCCGACGCUUACAACCCAUAUACAGCUUCAUCGCAGUCAUAUCCUACUCUUGCACCUAUUGGUCAUAAUCAACCCACGAAGAUAUUCACGGCAAAGGAGCUCCUGAAUGACCCAUCUACGGCAUUUCUUAUCACCUGUCUGCCCACAGUUGCAACACUAUCCGUGCAGCUCAACGCCGUUCAAGAGCCAUCUUACGACCCGGCCGGUCAAGUGACAUGGUGUCAUGAAGUCCUUGACCUCGUCGAACGCACCCAGCGUCUGCAGGCAACUACCAGCAGCCUGAAGCCCGGCCGCCCACCUUCAGGUAAACCCGCGCGCGUCACGGACCCAGAGCUGCAGCGCCUCGUUGACGUCGCGCUCCCGAUGCUUCAGAAACUCGCGGGGCGCAAGAAGGCGAUGCAGAGCUUCGUACCCGGAUACGUCUCGGAAGCGGUCUACCUGUACUCGACGUGCGAGGCGAACGGCGCGUUCCCGCAACACAUCGCGCAUAAUCCGAAGCGCGCGUUCACGCAGUGUGAACAAGCGGCGAAGGCAGGCUACGACCCCGCGUGGCUCGACCUUGCGCGCGACUUCGAGAAGUUCGGAGACGCAGUACAUGCGAGAGAGUGUUACGAGCAUGGUGCAGCGCAUGUCGUGCCGGGGUGUCUCUUUCGACUAGGCAUGGCUUACCUAUCGGGUCAAUUGGGCCUCCCGCGUUCGCCAGAGCAAGCACUGCCGCUGCUCAAGCAAGCUGCCGCCCUCUCCACUGCGGACACGCCACAUCCUGCCUACGUCUACGCCCUACUCCUUCUGAACGAAUUGGCCAACCUCUCCGUCCAACCAUACCUCCUCGCGCCGCAUGUUGCGCCGGGCUCCACGCCCGCGCUCGAGGCGCGGCGGCACCUCGAGCGCGCAGCGUACCUGAUGCACGGGCCCGCGCAGACGCGGCUUGGGCAGGCAUUCGAGCUCGCGGACGAGGCGGGUGGCUUCCCAUUCGAUGCCGCGCUGAGCGUACAAUACUACGGCUUGGCGGCAGCCCAAGGUGACGCAGAUGCGGAGAUGGCGCUGAGCAAAUGGUUCUUGUGCGGAUCUGAGGGCAUAUUCGAGCGCGAUGAAGGGUUGGCGUAUCAGUACGCGGAGAGUGCGGCGCGGAGGGGGCUGCCGAGUGGGAUGUUCGCAAUGGGGUACUACAUGGAAGUGGGCGUGGGGUGCGAGAAGGACUUGGUGGCGGCGCAGAAGUGGUACCAGAUGGGUAAUGCUGAUGCAUCUGAGCGGUUGCAAGCGCUCUCUAGAUCAAAAUCGCUGUCGCGCAAGGAGCAUGAGCAGCUCACGGAGACGACUCUUGUCCGCAAACGCACCCAGGCGCGCAUGCGGUCCGAGGCGAAUCCGCGCAACGAUGCGCCGCCCAUGACCUCAGGUUCUACUGCCUAUCCCCCUCCUAAUGUCGCCUCCGCGCCUCCCAUGCCUCCCCCGGGCGCAGCGGCUCCCCGAAUGACUGCUCUACCUCCACAGGGCGGUUAUUCACAACACUGCCCUCCAGCAGCAGAGGUGCGCCCUCUCACAUUUCGCGGCCGCUCGCCUCCACAGCAACAGCCCGGCUUCCCAAUACCCAACGGGCCUCCACGGGGCCGCGAAUCUUCCUUGGGCCCCGGCGCAACGUCCUCGCGAGGACCCUCUGCCAUUCCUCCGCGUGGCUACACACCCACUGGCUCGCGUGGUUCAUCUCCCGCGCCAAACAGAGCGCCGGACCAAUAUGCAUACCAUCGCAGGGCACAUUCCGCUGCUCCAUACCCCUCUGUGCCGAUGGAAUGGCAGUACCCCGCGCAAGGCCAGCGCUCCUCGUCCCGAGCCCCGGGCCCGUCGAAUUCCCUUCCCGUGCCCCAGUCGCUGCCGUCCCGCGCACCAAGCCCGGGGCGCCCGCCGAUGCAGGCGACAUACCGAGGCCCGCAGACCUUCAGGGAUAUGGGUAUCUCCACUGCAAAGGUAGAGGAAAAGGAGUGCAUCAUUAUGUAACGCUGAGACACGACUCGAGAUGAUAAGUUAUUGUCGUGUAGUAAUAGUAUCAAACACGGACUGAUGUUUUGCUGUCGUUAGUUUGGAACUCAUCGUUGGAACUAUAUCAUCCUAUCUUGUUGUUGCCCUUCGACG